AUGGUAAAAUGGAUUGUGAAGUUUAGAAAUGAAAGAUCACAUCUCUGGGCGAAAGUUGUAAUGGCAAUACAUAGUGGGGGACGCUCUUUUACGACCAUUCCAAUAAAAAACUCGAUAAGUGGUGUGUGGAAAAAUAUUGUGCAGCUAGGAAAGGGGUCGAGUCUCAAGCUUUCAGAUGUACAAAACAGGCUGGAAGUGAAAAUGGGUUGUGGGGAUAAGAUCUUCUUUUGGUUAGAUAAGUGGGUAGGCGACUACUCGCUAAAGGACCGAUUUCCCGAUCUUUUUGCUGUACAAACAGAUAAAUUCUGCUUGGUUCAGCAAAGAUACAGCCUUACAAACGGGGAAAUCGUAUGGAGUUGGGGCGGCGAGUCUCCAGCUACGCAUACAGACAUGGCUGAAACAUGGGCCGAGUGUGUAAAAUUGCUAGAAGGUGUAAAAAUAGAAAAGAAAUCAGACAUGUGGCUUUGGAAACAAGAGGAUAAACAAGAAGUAUUCAAAGUUAGUGACUUGCGGUCAGAAUUGGAUGGAAUGGAUCUGAUCCCGGAGACAUAG